AUGUUGGCGGGAGGUUUUACAACAAGCGACGGAAGCGCUUUAAAGGUAUAUUUCAAGAAAGAGACAGACAACAUUGACAUGGCAAUAUCACGGCUGGCUGGUUGGUGGCGACAUUCGCUCAAAACAAGACCGGUGUUGACCAACACGAUUGUCUAUGCCAGCUUCUAUACCGCUGCAGAACUGUCUCAGCAGACAUUUAAUAAAAUUUAUGCACCUGAGAAGCCCGAAUUGGAUUUAAAAAGUGCCGGUCGAAUCGCUGCAGUGGGCAGCACAUUAUACGCGCCAACAUUAUAUUUCUGGUACAAAUUCCUAGACCGGAAGUUUGUAGGGACUUCGAUGAGAGCCGUUCUUACCAAAGUAGCGUCUGACCAGUUUCUUAUGACUCCAGUAUUGCUGGCUGGUUUUUAUAUAUUACUUGGAACUCUCGAAGGUAAAGAAGACGUGCUAGAAGAAUUGAAACAGAAAUAUUGGAAGACAUUUAUAGCGAAUCAAGCGUUCUGGAUCCCGGGACAGAUAAUUAAUUUCGCAUUUGUACCUCCAAAUCUGCGAGUGGUUUAUGUAGCCUCUGCCUCAUUUCUUUGGAUAAAUAUAUUGUGUUUCAUUAAGAGACAGAAAGUGGAGGUGAAGGAAGCGUGA